AUGGCGAACGAAAACGAACCCGCGAAACUCCUCUUGCCAUACCUUCAACGCGCCGAUGAAUUGCAGAAACACGAACCUCUCGUUGCUUAUUACUGUCGAUUGUAUGCGAUGGAGCGUGGAUUGAAGAUUCCGCAAAGUGAUCGCACCAAAACCACUAAUUCUCUUCUUGUUUCACUAAUGAAACAGCUCGAAAAGGAUAAAAAGUCAAUCCAGCUGGGGCCUGAAGAUAAUUUAUAUCUUGAGGGAUUUGCUUUGAAUGUGUUUGGAAAAGCAGACAAGCAAGAUCGUGCUGGAAGAGCAGAUAUAAGUACGGCAAAAACAUUUUACGCUGCUAGCAUCUUUUUUGAGAUUCUUAAUCAAUUCGGACCAGUUCAGCCUGAUCUGGAGCAGAAGCAGAAGUAUGCAGCAUGGAAAGCAGCUGAUAUAAGAAAGGCUUUGAAAGAAGGAAGGAAGCCUGUGGCUGGUCCACCUGCUGGCGAUGAGGACCUGUUUGUUCCAUCGAGUUCUCCUAGUAUUAGAUAUGAUCCCGGGGCUACCGAAACUUCUGCUUCCAGUGCUGGAUCAGAAUCUGAUUCAACACGUAGUUAUCAUAACCCUGCCAACUACCAGAAUAUUCCCAGCAUUCAUCCUGCACCUAAAUUCAAUGAUACUGUAAAUGAUCAGAAUUCUGCAAACAUUCAACCAUCUUCGCAGUUUCAUGAUAGAGUAGAUGAUAAUAAGCGUUCUUCAAUUGUUUCUCCAUCAUCUCACUCUUAUACACCUGGAGUUUAUCCUUCUCAAGACUUCCAUCCACCUCCGUCUUCCCAGGAUUAUCAUCAUCCACCUCCAUCUUCCCAGGAUUAUCAUCAUCCACCUCCAUCUUCCCAAGAUUAUCAUCAUCCACCACCAUCCCAGGAUUAUCAUCAUCAGCCACCUUCCCAAGAUUAUCAUCAUCAGCCACCUUCCCAAGAUUAUCAUCCUCCACCACCUUCCCAGGAAUCAGACAGUUCUUAUUCUGAGCCCUACAAUCAUCAGCAAUACUCACCAGAUCAGUCACAGAAUUUAGGUCUUAAUUAUCCUUCUCAUGAAACACCCUCUGCAUACAGUCUUCCCCAUUUUCAAUCUUAUCCGAGUUUUUCAGAAAGCACCCUACCAUCGGUACCAGUAAACCAGACUUAUUAUCAAGGGCCCGAUGCUUCAUAUUCUUCCCAGUCAGCUCCUCUAGCUACAAACCAUUCAUUAAAUGCCCAAAACAGUCUCAGCAACAGAAAUGGAUCUGUCUUGGAGCCCAAGUCAACAACUCAGACAUACCAGUAUGACAGUAAUUACCAGCCAGCACCUGAAAGAAUAGCAGAGGCACACAAGGCUGCAAGAUUUGCUGUUGGGGCACUGGCAUUCGAUGACGUCUCAAUUGCAGUAGACUACUUGAAGAAAUCACUCGAGUUGCUGACAAAUCCAUCAGUUGGCCAGUAA